AUGUCGCCAAGGGUACGCCUGAAGAGGAGGCGGAAAUCGUCGCCACUCACCAGGGUGAAGUCCAACCUGGUCGGCCACGACUCCCAUGGAAUCAUCCAGCUGCUGGAGUAUUGCAGCCGUAUCGACCGGGGCCACAUCGUCCCGGGCGCGCCCUUUGAAGUUGAGCGGGAAACCCCCAACACCGCGGUUAUCAACGGCAAUUGGGGCUUCGGCUUCGUGCAAACCGAGAAGGCCAUGCGCAUGGCCAUAGACAAGGCCAGGGACCACGGCGUGGCUGCCAUGACCCUUCACCACCAGAGCCACGUGGGACGCGUCGGCGACUAUCCGACCAUGGCCCUGAACGAAGGAAUGAUUGCCUUGGUCACCGCCGACUCGGGAGCGGGCCCCAAGAACGCAGCCCCCUUUGGCGGUCGUGCCCGUCGACUUGGUACCAACCCCAUCUGCAUUGGAGUCCCCAGCGAACUGCCGGGGCCGGUGCUGCUGGACAUGGCAACCAGCGCCGUAGCCAUGGGCAAGAUUAACCUCCAGCGCAGCCGCGGUGAACCGGUGCCGCUGGGCUGGAUUGUGGACAAGGACGGCAAACCCACCACCGACCCCAACGACUACUUUGCCGGCGGCGCCAUCCUGCCCGUGGGCGCCGACCAGGGCCACAAGGGUUAUGGCCUGUCUUUCAUGGCUCGUCAUAACGACGGCGUGUUUAUCUCCGUUUACAACGUGGAGCACUUCCGCCCAUUGGACGACUUCAAGCGGGAAAUGAGGGAGUUCGUAGAGUUCAUCAAGACCUCACCCCCCGCCGAAGGCUUCACCGAAGUCCUUUACCCAGGAGAGAUCGAGUACAACACGGAGUUGAAGCGCCGGGAGGAAGGCAUCUUCGUGGAAGACCAGACCUGGGAUGGCAUAACCGCCCUCAUGGAGGAAGUUGGGGUGGCCGAGGCGGUGGGGAAGCCGUAG